CUUUUCAUAGUGCUUUGCAGAUCGAAUAAAAUCUGCUUUAUUUCCAAAUUUCUAAGCUUUUACUGUCAUCAUGGUUUUACAGAGGGUUGUGAAGCCUAAAAAUCAGCGGGUUAAAAGAGCCCUAGAGAAGAAGGAGCCCAAAGUAAAUGAGAACAAUAAGACAGCCAUGUUUAUACGAGGGGGUCGCACAAGUGAAUUGAUUACACAGUCUUUGAAAGAAAUAUACACGCUAAAGAAGCCAGAUGCUGUGUUCUUCAAGAAGAAAAAUAUAAUGAGGCCUUUCGAAGAUCAAACUUCAAUCGAAUUCUUCUCAACGAAAGGAGAUUGUUCAUUGUUUAUGUUUGGCAGUCAUUCUAAGAAAAGACCACAUAAUUUAGUCAUAGGUCGUUUAUUUGAUCAUCAUAUCUUAGACAUGGUUGAACUGGGAGUUGGCUCAUUCAAGUCAUUAGAAACCUUUAAAGGCAGUAAGAUUCCUGUUGGUACCAAACCAUGCCUGUUAUUUGCUGGAGAACCUUUUGAAACAGAUUACGAAUACAAAAGAUUAAAGAAUUUGUUCAUAGACUUCUUCCGUGGGCCUGUGAUAGAGAACAUCCGAUUGUCAGGUUUAGAACAUGUCAUGAUGUUCACAGCUGCGGAGGGCAAGGUGUUUCUAAGGAGUUAUAAGGUUCUGUUUAAGAAGUCAGGCUGUAAAACACCGAGGAUAGAACUGGAAGAGAUAGGUCCCGCAUUCAACUUUACGUUUAGGAGAACAAAACUUGCCUCAGAUGAUCUGUAUAAGAAAUCAAGAAAAGUACCGAAGGUGGCUAAGCCGAAGAAGAAGAAGAACAUAUCACGGGACGUAUUUGGUACAAAGCACGGCCGUAUUCACAUGCAGACACAAGACUAUCAGAAGCUACAGACAAGGAAGAUGAAGGGACUAAAAAGAAAGUCAGACGGGGCGGGAGACACACCUGCAAAGAAGACAAAGGAGGCUGAGUCGUCAUAGUGUCAUAUUGGGAGAGGAACAAUUAGAAAUGCUGGGAUUGAUACCAAAAUGAACUGCGAAACUGAGAGUUUGGGAAUCUUGGGUGACGUUAAUGAACCAAAAUUACUGUGAAAAGAAGUUUUUUGGCCAAGGUGAGCCGUGGAAAAGGUUGACUCACCUAUGGAGAAGGCAAAGGAAGCAGCGAUGUCAUAGUUGUUUUGGGAGAUAAUCUGUUGUUGUGACUAUGGGAAUGAUACAAUAUGUAGUGCCUUGAACCACUGGUAAAGCUUCAAAUACUGAGAUGUGUCCAUUGUAGCAACUAUGGAUACAUUCAUUUUUGGCUUCCUUCCUUCAUGUUUACAUAUUUAGAUUGGGGACAACUGUUGCAAAUUAUCAUUGUGAUAAACUGAACUUGUAAAUGAA